CGCCCCCACGCCUAGGCGGUGCGCCAGACGGCCGAGAGAGCCAGAUCACUGUAUUCCCCGGUGGACCUACCGGCGACCGUAAAGAAGGAGGACAAGACAUGUCCUGGCUGAACCUCGGCGUCCCCAAGUGAACGAUCUCUUUCGGUUUCCCUGUCUCCUACGGAUCUCUCAGCCACUCAGGCGGUUCUCAUGCAUCCAUUUGGCCCUGAACAAAAGUCGCAUCAUUCCUACCAUACCAGUCUCCAUCUGCUUCGAGCAUAGCUAGCGAGCGCCGGGCGUCCGAAGUCUUUUCUGCCAUCCAUCCAUUCAUGCAACAACAUUUCCCAAAUUUUCGGCUGGCUCUUUCAAAUCCAACACGCUUGGUACAUACAUACACUCGCGCGCUGCAGCCCGCGCUUGCACCUGCAAGUAUUCUUUGCGUUGCGCGUCUCUUUUGUCCGCUGCAUGCAUCAUACCCUAAGCUUUACGCUUUGCGACCGGUCGUUACUACAAUACCCGACACCCAUAGCGGUGUCAAACCCCACCUCCCUCCGCCUUGUAUAUACUCCUCCAGCGCUUCUAGAUACUUUCUCGUCUCUCGUUCAACUACAUUUCCAGCCUUCGUUUCUCUUUGUUGUUGCAUAGCUGCACUUCUCUGUUCUGUUUGCGCAAUCUUUUUGCUUGUCUAUAGCUGUGUGUCAUGUGGCGUCUACAGAUGGGACACGGAAAGCUUUUCCUUGCUGUCUGUAUCUAAUCCACAUCAGCAUCAUGCCAGCGCGUGGUGCCGAGUAAUGAAUUUAUUGAAACCGCAAUUGGUCCUAUGUGUCAAUCUGAUAGCGGUGUGAAACUGACUCUGCCGUUGUGUCGUUUGCGGUCUAGCUUCCAAUCUGGGCGUGACUGCCCGCUGUCUGCACGUCGCUACCCGCCGUAGCUCGUCUCAGCCUUCUUUGAAGUGAUUCAACGAGUCGCGCGAGACUAUCGGGGCACCGAUUCACGAUCCGAGGCCGUGCCCAGCGUGCGGUGGUUAAUCAUGCUCCAGGCACCAAGUCACG